GGGAUGGGAACUGCAUUCUCGGGGAUACUAGUAGGGUUCAUUACCACUGAGCCACCACAGGAACUCCUUUUCCAGCCUUUUGCUGAUACAAAAGGCAGCAAGUAUCCUGAGUAGGAUAAAGUUCCUGAAGCAGGUUUCCUGGGUCAAAAGGGUGAGAUUCGGGGGUCCUGUAGCACAUGCCUAGCCCUAACCCAUUUAUACUCCUACAGACAGGUGUGCUUAUGUCACACACAACCCCCCCAGCCAUGUGUAAGCAAACUCUUGAUGUUUGCUAAUCUUGAUCUCGGGCACAGAGUCUCAUCCGAGUUUUAACCCAGUGUCACCUGCGUGAGAUGGAGCACUUUGGUAAACCUACACAGGCUGUUGCUAUUUCCUUUGCCUCAAAGCACUCACGGCUCCUCAGUUCCAGGCACUGAGUUAUACACUCAAUAUCUGUCCUCAGAACUCCCUGUGGGAGGGACUCUGGCCCCCUUUCACAAGCUAUGAUGGAGGACCCCUUCCCUAGGUAGGUGAUGGAGAAGGGUGGGGAAGUCACCUGGACCUGGGUGAGGGCUUAACCUCCCCUCCAGCUCUGAUGUCCUCUGAGCCCAAGGCAGGGCUGAGCCCUGGGGUUCAGGUGGGACUUCUAGAGACUUGAGUCCUUGCAGGGUGAGUUUCUUGCCCCUGAUGUCCCAGCUCUUGGCCGUCCCUGGGCCUCUCCCUUUUCCUGUUUUGAUGCUGGCUCAGCCAGGCCCGGAGACAGGGGUAUGAUAUCUUAAUCUUACAGGCGGGAGCCAUGAUGGAUUCCUGGGUCACCUCACCCACCUGCCGACCUGCCUCUUUCCCCGCACACACAUCUGCUCCCCCUGGUGCUCAAUGCAGGGGUUAUUGAGCCCCAGCACUCUUGAGUGGGAGGGAUCCCACCAGGGCCCCCACCUUAUCCUCAAGAUAGCAGGUAGGGUGGGGACCCUGGUUGCCCGCUCUGGGCUUGGCCCUGGCUGCCGCCACAACACUCAUAAAUCAGGGGGCGGAAGGGGUGUCGGAAAUAGGUCUGGAAUGUCUGGAUGGGGUGUUGGGGGGGUGUGCGCCCUUAACUCUUAGAAGGAUGGUGUGUGGGGCAGGAGCAGGGCUGCCUGGGCCCAAGGUGUGGUACGUGGGGGCCCUCGUGCAGCCGGCAGCGAAGAGGUUACCUCUCUGGCUCAGGCAGGGGGAUAAAUUGAGGGCCGGGGCAUCCCCAUCCUCAGGACCUGCCCAUCAUCAUGGCCAUGGGAAGAGUCAUGCUCAGCUUGCUGCUACUCCUGAUCCUGCAUUUGGACCUUGGCAGGGACCCUGGGGCCUGGGGGACUCCAGUGGUGGAAGGAGAGCUCUCAUCCCAGCCAGCAGCGGACAGAGGGAUCCAGAAGACACAGCUGGGCGCCCGCCUGCCCCGAGCCCUGGCUGGCCCAUGCCAGUUGUGGAGCCUGCCCUUGCCCGUGGCCGAGCUGGGCUUGGGCUACACCUCAGAGGAGAUGGUCAUCUUCCAAUACUGCGCUGGCAGCUGUCCCCGCGGUGCCCGCACCCAGCAUGGCCUGACACUGGCCCGGCUUAGGGGCCAGGGCCGAGCCCAUGGUGGGCCCUGCUGCCGGCCCACCCGCUAUGCCGACGUGGCCUUCCUUGACGACCGACACCGCUGGCAGCGGCUGCCCCAGCUCUCCGCGGCAGCCUGUGCCUGCAGCGACUAAAGAUGCCGGGCCUGGGGCCCUGCACCCACUGGAGGAGCUCUGCUUAUUAUUGGAGACUUGGAUGCUGAGAAGAGAAGGGGAGGUGGGCUGGGGCUGCCAGCAAGGGGCACAAUAAAGGAAACUGCUCCUCUGG